ACACUCAGAGGAGCACACGGUCGGGGGUGUGGCUCAGGUGUCAGGGCUGUGCUGUUCCAUGCACCCACAGAGGCAGCCUUUCACGACCAGAACUCGGACACGCUCAGGCAAAAAUCAGCCUCUUGGGAGAGCUGCUUACCCACAGAAUUCUUUUGUCAUUAAGUGGUUGAUGUCAUUCUUUGAAUGAGUGACAGUAAUUCCCCACCUCAAUGUGGGCUGCAGGGGAGAUUCAAUUGGAAAAAUAACCCAUGAGGCUUUGUGCCUCUGGGAGUCCUGAUGCCCCACCCACAUUUUCCUUCUCAUGCUCGGGAUUGUCUAAGACAAAGGGCAAGUCUUAAAGCCUUACGGCAUCUUAAGUCUUAGAUCGCAAUUAGAGCGAGACCCAGUACAGGUGGAACAGUGAAAUCCUCAGAAUUCUGCACUGGCCCUUCAAGAAGGCAGUUGUGGGCUCUUUGGACCCUUGACAGGUUUCUGUUCUCUGUCCUUCCUAAGCACAAAGAUGGAAAUUCUUCCUAUUGUCUGUUUCUCUACCCAUCUCGGCUUCUACACAAUGCAAAGUGGCCCUCUAACUAGAGCCCAUGUUCACUUUUGAAUACAUCAACCAAUUAUUUUGGGAGGAAAAGAAUCUGCCAAAGAAAUGAAGUAUAGGUUGGAAUGGUUUAAUCAAGCCUGUGUUUAUUCAACAAAGUGCGCUUUUAAAUUUCAUCUGAAGUACUCAAGUGAAAAUUUCCCAGUAGGUGUUAAACUUUGGUGUAUAGACUCUCAUGUGGCUCCCAGUCUCAAGUCCACACCCCCACUUCAUGCUUUUACUCUUGGCUGAGUCCCAUGGAGGCCGGUUAGGGAAUCCUGCAGGAUCAACCCUUGACCAGGACAGAUUGACGGACGGACGGCUGGCUGGCUGGCUGGAGAAUACUUUGCUUAUGUCAUUCAGAGACAAGCAUUUCCUGAGUGCCUGCUGUGGGGGCUCGGCCAGGUCCUGCUGAUGGUGCAGUGGUGUGAAUCCAGCCCACAGUUCCUGCCCUCAUGGAAUUUGCAGCCUAGUGAGGACUGCAAGUCAAGUAACCACAAGUUUGGUUCCUCGUGGAGGACGGAUGGCAGACAUUUCACUCUGGGACCUGAUGCCUACGCAUCUGAAAGACUUCCCCAGGUGACUGGAUCUAAGAACCACCGUCUGCCUUUGAGUAGAAUUUCUACAUACAUAACAUUCACCGAUGGAUGGAACAUGGCCACAGCUCUAAAAUCGCAGGGAGCUUUAGCAGAAGAAAAUAGAAGAUCACAGCUGUCCCCGUGGACUAAGCUGGCAGUCUGCCAGCAGAACCAAGUGGCGCAUGUUCAUCAUCAAGUCCAUGGGCGGCUACUGUGGCUACCUGGCCAACAUGGGCGGCUUGCGGCCGGAGCCGAUGCUGUAAACAUGUUCGAAGAGCCCUUCGGCAUCAGGGAUCUGCAGUCCAGUGUGGAGCACCUGACGGAGAAAAUGAAGACCACCAUCCAGAGGGGCCUUGUGCUCAGGCACAGGAUUCCCAAAGAACAGUGGUGGCUCAAGCUGCGGCCCCUCAUGAAGAUCUUGGCCAAGUACAAGGCCAGCUACGAUGUGUCGGACUCAGGCCAGCUAGAGCACGUGCAGCCCUGGAGCGUCUGACCCAGUCCUGCCUGCAUGUGCCUACAUCCUGGACUCACCAUGGACUGUUUUUGCAACACUUAAGUUAUUUAUCAGCACUUUAUGAAAGUAUUAUUGACAUUAAUACCUAACCAGCAAGCACCUGUCACCGCCCAUGUGCCCCACCAGCUCCAGUGCAUGCUGUCUGUGGACUGUGUCUCAUGCUUUCAAAUGCGUGUAUUAAAUGUUU